AACCUAUGUAUUGGCUAACUGCAGUUGUCCACCCGCUAUCUUUAUGCAUGGACGUGUACGAAAAUAACACACGAUGUUACUUCCUAUAGUGUUUAUGUUAUUCGCGGGUGUUUCUCAAGGGUAUAAAAUAUUGGCACUGCUUCCGUAUCCUGGAAAGAGUCAUCACAUGGUGUUUGAACCAGUAUUGAACGAGUUAGCCAAUCGUGGUCAUGAGGUGACUGUGGUUUCCUUCUUCCCAUCAGCGAAGCCUAUUAAGAAUCGCCGCGAUGUCAGCUUAGUGGGACUAGCUCCAUUAAACGUAGAGGUAGUGGAUUUACAAUACCUUGACGACCCCUCUUUUUUCGCGAGAAAAUUUUCCACUCAGUACCAUCUAAUGACAAAUCUUAUGGACUUUAAUCUUCAACUUUGUGAGAAGGUGCUGUAUUCGAACGUUUUUAAAGAAUUCAUUGAUGCUGAAGGUGCUUAUGAUGUGGUGUUGGCGGAACAUUUCCAAACGGACUGUAUGAUGGGUAUAGUUCACAAUUAUGGAGCACCUUCGGUUGGUUUGAUGUCGUGUGCCCUCGUACCUUGGACGCCGGCGAGGGUCGGUGCUGACGGCAACCCUGCAAUUUUUCCCUCCAUAAUGCUGCCUUUUACUGACGAAAUGACGUUCCUCGAGAAACUCGAGAACGCUUUCAAUCUGCAUUUCUACACAUUAUGGCAAAAAUAUAUGAAUCGGAAUGAGCAGAGUGUUGUAGAAGCAAGACUCGGUCGUAAGUUGCCUCCGCUGGAAGAAAUAGCGAAGAACUUUAGUGUUAUGCUUGUGAACACUCAUUAUAGUUUGAAUGGAGUCAGGGUGCUAUCGCCGUCCGUGGUCGAAGUAGGAGGCAUUCAUCUUCACAACAAAACUGUGCAACCAUUACCCGAGGAUAUCGAACGAUGGGUUUCUGAAUCGAAGCACGGAGUUAUUCUCUUCAGCUUUGGAUCUCUAAUCCGGAGCUCAUCGUUGCCGGCAAAACGUUUGGACGCCUUGUUGAAAGUUUUCGCGCGCUUACCGCAACGCGUCAUUUGGAAAUGGGAAACGGAAGACAUCCAAGGGUUGCCAGAAAACGUUCUCGUACUUAGAUGGUUGCCACAAUAUGAUUUACUUCAUCACCCGAACUGCGUGGCCUUCAUAACACAUGGGGGCCUUCUGAGCCUGACAGAGGCAGUGGAAGCAGGAGUACCAUUAGUCGUGAUACCAGUUCUGGGAGAUCAGCCUGGGAACGCAGCAUACGCUAAACGGGCGGGAAUAGCUGAGGCCCUGGCCAUUCAUGAUCUCGAAGAAGAGAGGUUGUAUGAGGCCCUCGUUAAGGUUUUGACGCCUGAAACGCGGGCUCGUGCUAAAGCCUUCAGCCAGCUAUGGCGCGAGCGGCCUGUGUCACCGAUGGACGAAGCCAUCCACUACAUAGAACGCGCGGCUCGCUACGGACAACUCAACAUGUCUUCACAAAGCCGCCUCUUGUCCAAGCCAGAACUCCUGUUCUUUUAUUCCAUAGAGUAUAUAGUUGUAAUAGGAAUUGUUUUCAUUAUUUUUAUUUUGGUAAACUGUUGUUGUUGUUCGAGAACAACUAAAGUCAAAGUUAAACAGAAUUAGGUGUAGCUGGUUAGAAAAUUUUUGUUAGGAAGGAGGUACAUAGAACAAAAGAUUAUAUUUUUAUAAAAAAUACAUUUUAUUGUCCCUGAUUUAACAUUUAUAAAAAAUAUACAAAAACAUUGUACAAAAAUA